AUGUUGAGAUUGACACUCGCCGUUGCGAGUGCCAGCGCUUUGUGGCUGUUUGACGGGCGGGAGGAGGCGCCUCCUGUGGCAGCGAGCUUCGAACCCGCACCUGUACCGUCACGAGAAUUUGCGCAGCAGCCGGCUCUCGAAAUUCCCGACGCAGAGUCCUACCGGGAGUCCGACAUCGAGAACGGCCUAGCAGCGAACGGCCCAGCUGCUAACGGCCCCCCAGUUGCUGACGGCCUAGUGGCAGACAACGGUCUAGUGGCCGUCGGCAAUGACGUGGCGAUCGGCAAUGGCAUGGCGGUCGGUGCGGACCGCGGACCUCCUCUUUACAACGACAAGCUUAUGGGGUUUCGUCAGGAAAUGCAGGCGCUGAACCACCAGAUGGGUGGGCCGGAAGCUGGCCCACCGAGAUUGCAAUCCGGGCUGGGAUCUGGGCUGGAAGGUGGGCUGCAAGCCGGCUUGUUAAAGGCUGUGAGCCAGGAGAGUGGCCCGAGGCGCGUUGUCCACUUUGACGACAACCAGGCGGGGCGCAGACGUUUUGCUGGCGGAGACCUCGGAGCGCAAUUUGCCGCGCGGGCGAGACGUAGACGAGACCAGCCGGCUCGCGAGGCGGUGAACGAUGCCGCAGCCAAUAAAGAUUUGCCUCUUGAAAGAAGAGAUCAUCCUGACAAUGAAGAAGGCCCGGAGGGGGUUGGAAUCGUGGAGGCCCCCGAGGAGGACAAUGGCCGUGCGCGCCCCCCGGAUGAUGACGAGUUUGAGGAGGACGACGACGACGACGAAGAGGAAGAGGAAGACGAAGAAGACAUGGCUCCCCAGAGACGGGAGCCCGACGAAGAGAUGGUUGACGACGGAGGCGAGCCAGUGGGUCGUGAUGGCGAGCCCGUGAGAGACGACGGUGAGCCAGUGAGAGACGACGGUGAGCCAGUGAGAGACGACGGUGAGCCAGUGAGAGAAGAGGAAGCUAAAGAAAAAAUCCGGAUCAACGGGACGACUCCCCACAUAGUUAUGACGGAGAAAGAAGAACGAUAUGUUGCCGAUCGGUUCUUCCAUGCCGAGAGUAAGGGGGCUCUCCCGCUUCAGCAACAAGUUUUAAUUUUCCAAGUGAAGCGGAGCGACAAGUUUUGGCUCCGGUGGUGA